AUGCCGUCCGCGCGCGCCGCGGGGCGGCUGCUCUUCGCGGGAACUGCGCGCCGUCACCGGGUCUCCGGGCCGGACCCCCACCUCUCCGAGCGGCUCCGGCUCUUCCAGCAGCUGCGGGCGGCGCAGGAGCAGCGGGAUGGGACCGGGGCCGGGGCCGGGGCCGGCCGCCCCCCCCCGGGGACCCCCAUCCGCAUCGCCCUGCCCGGGGGGGGCCGCCUGCCCGGCCGGGCCCUGCAGACCACCCCCUUCGAGGUGGCCACGCAGCUGGGGGGGGGCCUGGCGGAGGCGGCGCUGGUGGCCCGGGUGAACGGGACCCUCCAGGACCUCGACCGGCCCCUGGAGAGCGACGCCGACCUGGAGCUCCUCGACUUCUCAACGCCGGAGGGACGGGCGGCUUUCUGGCGGUCCGGCGCCUGCGUCCUGGGAGCGGUGGCGGAGCAGUUUUACGGGGCCACGUUCUGCAGCGCCCAGGCCACCGAGGACGGCUUCUUCUGCGACAUCCACAUGGGCGACAGGACGGUGCAGCGCGGUGACCUGCCGGCGCUGGAAGACGCUUGCGCCGCUUUCGCCCGCGCCGGGCACCGCUUCGAGCGCCUCGAGGCCACCCGCCAGCAGCUGGCCGAGCUCUUCAAGCACAACAGCUUCCAGCUGCAGCAGAUCGAGGAGGAGGUGACGUCCCCUACGGCCACCGUCUAUAGGUGCGGCCCCCUCCUCCAGCUCUACCGCGGCCCCCUCCUCCGGCACACGGGCUUGAUCGCGACCCUCCGCAUCCUGACGAGUUCGGCCGCCUUUUGGCGAGGAGCCGGUGACCGGCUGUCCUUGCAACGCCUCGCCGCCGUCGCUUUCCCCAGCGCCCGGGAUUUAGCCGCCUGGCAGCAGGCGCAGGAUGAAGCCGCUCUCCGGGAUCACCGUCGCAUCGGUCGGGAGCAGGAGCUUUUCUUUUUCCACAAACUCAGCCCCGGCAGUUGCUUUUUCCUGCCCCGCGGCGCCCACGUCUACAACGCCCUCGUCGAUUUUAUCAGGAGCGAGUACCGGGCGAGGGGCUUCUGCGAGGUGGUGACCCCCAACGUGUUCAGCCCGCGGCUCUGGGAGCUCUCGGGGCACUGGCAGCACUACAGCACCCACAUGUUCUCCUUCACCGCCGGCACCGAGACCCUCUCCCUCAAACCCAUGAACUGCCCGGCCCACUGCCUGAUGUUCGCCCACCGGCCGCGGUCGUGGCGGGAGCUGCCGUUGCGCUUGGCCGAUUUUGGGGUGCUGCAUCGCAACGAGCCCCCCGGCACCUUGACGGGGCUGACCCGGGUGCGGCGUUUCCAGCAGGACGAUGCUCACAUCUUCUGCACGCUGGAGCAGCUGGAGGGCGAGAUCGACGCCUGCCUGGACUUCGUGCGGACGGUCUACGCCGUGCUGGGCUUCUCCUUCCGCCUGGCCCUGGCCACCCGCCCCCCCGGAUUCCUGGGGGACCCCGAGACCUGGGACCGCGCCGAGCAGCAGUUGGAGCGGAGCCUCCGCACCUUCGGGCAGCCCUGGGAGCUGAGUCCGGGCGACGGCGCCUUUUACGGCCCCAAGAUCGAUAUCCGGAUCCGGGAUGCGCUGGGACGGCAACAUCAAUGCGGUACCGUCCAACUGGAUUUCCAAAUGCCGGAGAGAUUCGGGCUGGAGUAUGCCAGUGCGACAGGGGGGGCGGCGCGGCCGGUGCUGAUCCAUCGGGCAGUGCUGGGCUCCGUCGAGCGCAUGGUGGCCGUGCUGGCCGAGAGCUGCGGUGGCCGAUGGCCGCUCUGGCUGUCCCCGCUGCAGGCGAUGGUCAUCCCGCAGGCACCCGAAGUGGAGGACUACGCCCGGGAGGUGCAGGCUGUGCUGCGGGGGGGUGGCGUGGUGGCCGACCUGGACGGGGACGCGGGGGCCACCCUGGCCCGGAAGAUCCGCCGGGCCCAGCUCGCCCACUACAACUUCCAGCUGGUGGUGGGCCGGCGGGAGCGGGCACACGGCACGGUCAGCGUCCGCACGCGGGACAACCGGCAGCUGGGGGAGCACGACCUGCACCGGGUGCUGCAGCGGCUGCGGGAGCUGCGGGACGCCCGCGUCCCCGACGCCGAGGAGCGCUUCUGACCCCCCCCCACCCCUGUGUGUCCCCCCCCUUGCACCCCCUCCGACACCCAUUAAAGUGCUGGG